GAUCUCCGUGAUUGUUUUUUUGGUUACAAAAAGUAGAAGUACAACCAGACGGACAAAAGUUUGGAUUCAGAUACCAUGAACCCGGACAUCCUUUUCGUGUGGGAAAUCAUACGAGCGAAGCCGUGCGGCAUGGAUAUUCCCGGGCGGCGACGUGCCAAGGCGGCGGCGCCGUGCCGGCGGCGAUGGACGGGGCUCGGACAGGGGGUAGCCCCCGCACGGCGGCACAUGGCCGCGCGUUAGCUUUGCUUGACUCGUGAUGCAAUUCGAUGGAGUCAGUGCCAGCACGGGCUGGGUUGGUGUGCGGACGGUGCGCCCGCCCACGCGUCCGGUCGCCACCGCCCCGGCCGACCUCCUCCGGCGGGCCCCGGCACCGCCCCGCCCAUCAUGGCAAGGGCAGCGCGCGCGCGAGUGGCCUAGUCGGUGAGUGCUCCGGCACUAAGCUGCUGGCUGCUGCUGAGGCCGGUCGGCCUGAGGUGCGCUCGCCACUGCUGCAGAGCGAGCAACGACGCUGCUGUUACAAACUACAAAGGGGACUCCACCUGCGCCCCGGCUCGAAUGGCAGCCCACCACCUCUCCCACCCGCGCCCGCUCCGCCCCCUCCCGAGCCAUGGCGCCCUGCGCGUCCCCAUCCGCCCUCGCGCUCUCCUCCAGCACGCGGGUCAGCCUCCCGCUGGCGCUGGCGCUGCGGCAGCGGCCGGAGGCGCGUGCCCCCCGCGCGCCGCUCCGCCCGCCGGCCGCGCGCUCGUGGUUGGGCGGCCCCUUCUCGCCCGAGUUCGCCGCGGCGUCCCCUCGUGCCGGCUCCCGCGGCACCGGCAGGGGGCCGCCGCCGUUCCGGCCCCGCGCGGUGAUGACGACGUCUCAGAUUGCCAGCGCCGCCUUCACCUGGGGCACCGUCGCCGUCCUCCCCUUCUACACCCUCAUGGUCGUCGCGCCCAACGCCAGCAUCACCAAACGCACCGUGGAGAGCAGCGCCCCCUACGUUGCGCUCGGCCUCCUCUACGCCUACCUGCUCUACCUGUCGUGGACGCCUGACACCCUGCGCGCCAUGUUCGCAAGCAAGUACUGGCUUCCUGAGUUGCAGGGCAUCGUGAGGAUGUUCGCGAGCGAGAUGACUGUCGCCUCUGCUUGGAUCCACCUCCUCGCCGUCGACCUCUUCGCGGCAAGUGUUUGCAAUGCAGGCAGGUGUACCACGACGGCCUCAAGAACAACAUCGAAACCAGGCACUCGGUCUCGCUGUGCUUGCUCUUCUGCCCGGUUGGGAUCCUGUGUCAUGUGGCGACUAAGAGCAGGUAGGGUUAGGGAUACCUCAUCCCACCCGAGAUCCACUGUUCCGCCGCCGAGAUCCACUGUUCCGCCGCCGGCGGCCGUCCGGCGACCGUCUGCCGUCGCGGAUCCGCGAGUUGCGGACCCGUUUUUGCAGCCGCCCGUCGCGGCUCGCGUGCGGCGUGGCCCGUCGCCGCCCCGCCUUGUCUCACACCCCGCCCAUCGUCGCUGCUGUUCGCGCGGCCGCCCGUCGCGGUUCGUCGCGGCCGUCCCCCGUCUGUCCGCCGUCGCCGUCGCCUGCUGCUCGUCGCGGCACUUCAGGUCGCCGCUGGUCGCGGCGUCCUCGUCCGCCGCCCGUCGCGGCGUCUGUCACCGCUGACGCGCCGCCCGUCGC